UGUCCGUCGGGAUAUGUGGAUACAAUGUUUAAAUUUUUAUUUCGUUCAACCGUUUGGUUUUUGUAUGUUGAACUUUUAAACGGUGAAGUGUAUAAGGAGAGACCCAAAAUUAAAGUUUCGGAUGGUGACCUUAUAUUUGAACCAGCAUACGACAAGAGUAUUUAUUUACGACCAAAUGGACCUAAGUCUACCAUAUAUUUUGAUAACACGGAUUUUAAGAACUUAUGGAACGUUACAAAAGGCAAUCAAAAUUUUAUAGCUGGAAGUGAAACCAACCAAAACUAUCUGACACAGCCUGAUGAGUUACUAAGAAGGAUAGAAAAGAUUGAGUCUCUUACUGCAACUUUAACAAGCAAUUUUAAUUUUAAUAUCACAAGAUUAACACGACGGAUUAAUACCUUAAAUAAUAGAUUACUUAAUUUACUUAGCAACAAAAGGAAAAACGAAUGUCAAUCCCAUCCUUGUGAAAACGGAGGAACCUGUCUUAAUUUAGUUAAUGGCUAUCACUGUCUCUGUCCUUCGAAUUGGAAAGGGACUAACUGCGAUGAAGACGUAAAUGAGUGUCGUAACUUCGCCGGCACUGAUCUAGGUUGUCAAAAUGGUGCAACUUGUAUCAAUUUACCAGGAUCAUAUCAAUGCGUAUGCAAACCAGGAUGGUAUGGGAUUGACUGUACCAGAACGGCUAAAAAUUGCUCUCAGGGCGAUUUCGAAAUGUGUGGCCACGGGACAUGUAUCCCCGUUGAAUCAAAUUUGGGUAUUAAAUGUCUUUGCAACCAAGGCUGGAGGACAAAUGGAAAUGAUGUCGCAUGUUUAACAGACGUCAAUGAAUGUGAAUCUGGGCAGGGCGCCAGAUGUUCCGUAAAUCCAAGAGUGGAAUGCAUUAAUCUGCCUGGAUCAUUCCGGUGCGGGCCAUGCCCUACAGGCUAUGAGGGUGACGGCUUUGCUUGCUAUGACAUUGAUGAGUGCCUAACUAUACCAAAUGGUGGUUGUAGCACCAGCCCGAUGGUUUCUUGUCAUAAUACUAUUGGCUCCCGCAUAUGCGGGUCUUGUCCACCAGGCUAUCAAGGUGAUGGAAUUACGUGUACUUGGAGGGGUUCCUGUUCUUUUAAUCGUGGAGGUUGUCAUCCAUCUGCGCAAUGUAUCGACAAUACAUCACUCGGUGGAGUUACACAAUGUAUGUGCCCAUUAGGAAUGGAUGGCGAUGGUAUCGGAUUGCAAGGAUGUUAUGUUCCAGCAGCAGAUAAUACUACACAACGAUGCGAAAGCAAUCCAUGUGGAGCUCAUGGUCAUUGUCAUCAGCUUCAUCAAGGCUAUACGUGUAUUUGUUACCCAGGUUAUAGUGGUGCCCACUGCACUAAAGAAAAUAAUUUCUGUACCAAUAAUCCAUGUCUUAAUGGAGGCACAUGUAGGCUGGAUGAAAGAUCGUCAAGAGGAUACAGAUGCGAAUGCACUGCUUUUUAUUCUGGUGAUCUAUGCCAAGUACAUGCACAACCUUGUGGCGGAGUUCUCGAUUACGAAGAAGGUAGUAUAAUAUAUCCAAUAUCUAAUACGACAUAUAAUCAUAAUUCAAGAUGUGCAUGGGUUAUUCACACAGUUCCAGAUAAAGUUAUUAAUGUUACAUUUAGUAAGUUUAAUUUAGAAUACCAUUCUGACUGUCGGUAUGAUUUUGUACAAAUUCACGAUGGUAGAAGUUCGGCUAGUCAACUUAUAGGCAGAUUUUGUGGAAACACUUUUCCGAAAGGUGGAAAUAUUAUUUCAAGUCAUAAUAAUCUAUACUUUUGGUUUAGGUCAGAUCAAUCCGUUGCCAAAGAUGGCUUUUCCUUACAUUGGACUAGUAUACCACCAGUUUGUGGAGGGGAAAUAAACGCAACUACACAUGGUCACAUACGUUCGCCUGGUUCUCCUGGCAAUUACCCGCCGAAUCGAGAUUGCUAUUGGCAUUUAUCGACAGUAUGGAGUAAAAGAAUACAAUUGCAUUUUUUCGAACUUGAUAUAGAAAAACAUGCAAACUGUAGUUUUGAUUUCUUGGCUAUAUACGAUGGAAGUCACACAAUAGAUCCACUAAUAAGUCAAUAUUGUAACUCGACCCAACCUGCACCAAUCGAAUCGGCUGGAUCUGAUAUGCUUAUACAUUUUCAUUCUGAUGGAUACGGUGACGGUAAAGGUUUUCAAAUUACCUAUGCCCCUGUUGAAGGCGUUCCAGGAUGUGGUGGCUUUUUUACUAAUGAUAGAGGCGAGAUUGUCUCGCCUUCGUAUAACGGUGCUUAUUUAAAUAAUUUACUAUGCGAAUACAAAAUAAAAACUCGUCCAGAAACAAGAAUUCGAAUCGAAUUCAAGUCUUUUAACCUUGAAAGAUCUUUCAGAUGCAGAUACGACUAUUUAAAAAUUUAUGAUGGUCCUAAUACAGAUUCACGCCUGGUUGGAAGAUUCUGCGGAAAUAACCACCCAAAAUCCUAUACAUCUUCUUCUAAUAGUCUUUUCUUUUUAUUUAAAACUGAUCAUUCCACAGGAUCUGAAGGAUUUAAAAUAACAUAUGAAUCGACUUGCUUAAAAACGAUUUCAGGAGAUAGUGGAAUCAUCAAAACUCCUGGAUACCCACUAAAUUAUCAAAAACGUAUGGUCUGUGAUUAUAUUAUAAGUAGUACGCCUGGCAAAGCAAUAGUUUUAACAUUUCAAGAUUUCGAUAUUGAAGACAAUAGAUAUUACAAUUGUCAGUAUGAUCAUGUUGAAAUCAGAGAUGGUCCCUCUAUAAACGAUACACUGAUGGGCAGAUUUUGUGGUGGAUCAGAAUUUACUCCACCAACCCAAACGUCUAGUCAUAAUUAUAUGUAUAUAAGAUUUAAAUCAGAUAUUAGUGUCACAGGCCGAGGUUUUUACGCUAAUUACACUACAAUAAAUACAGAAUGUGGAGGAAUUUAUAGACAAAAUACUGGCAUUAUCAAUCAUCCAAUGGACACUGGCACACAAUAUUCUAAUAGUCAAACCUGUACAUGGAUGUUAAUUGCAUCACAAGGAAUGCAUAUUAAGUUGACUUGGAAUCGAUUUAAACUUGAAAGUACGCCAUUGUGUAAUAGUGACUACGUUUUGAUUAGUGAAAUUGAUGAAAACAACGAGAACAAUACAUUAGGUAAAUAUUGCGGAAAUACUUUACCACCUGCUUUAACUACUUUUUCGAAUCGUCUCAUGAUAAAAUUCGUGUCAGACGUAAACGUGCGUCGCGAUGGAUUUUCACUAUCGUAUACAUUUUUAGAUGAAAAAACACAUUGUGGUGGACUUUAUGUCAAGACACAUGGAUAUAUAUAUUCUCCCGGCUGGCCACAAAAUUAUGAGUCUAAUCGUGAUUGUACUUGGACAAUAACCGUGCCAGUUGGUCAACAAAUCAUGAUUAAUAUAACUGAUUUCGAUUUAGAGCGACCGUUACGCAAUAAUUGCCAGUUAGGUGAUUUUCUGACAAUAAGAGAUGGUUCUUCGGAAAACUCUGCUUUAAUAGGAACAUUUUGUGGGUACUUUAAAUCUAAGCGUAUAAUAACCACUGCCAAUAGUGCGUACAUACGAUUCCAUUCAGAUUUUUACCUAAGUGGGAAUGGAUUUAAAAUUGAAUGGGACGGAACUAUAAGGGGUUGUGGAGGAAUAUUAAGUAGUGCACAGGGUUCGAUAUCAUCACCAAACUAUCCUCAGAAUUACAAUGAAAACGCAGAAUGUUUUUAUAGGAUUGUCACGAGCAGUGGUUCAAAAAUUAGAAUAACAUUUGUGGAAAUAGAUUUAGAGCGAACAACAGACUGUAAGGACGAUUAUGUAGAAAUAUUUGACGGUCGUGACAGUAACUCUUUUAGUUUUGGAAAAAACUGUUUUAAGUCUUCUAAAUUAGAAAAUAUCGAAACUUCCAGUAAUUACGCAUUUAUUAAAUUUAGAUCAGAUAUAUUUAUAACUGGUAAGGGGUUUCUUCUCAAUUACAAUACAAUAUGUAACAAUAAUAUUAGUGGUAGUUACGGUGUCAUCGAAAGCCCAGGGUACCCUGCUAAUUAUCCAUUAAAUAUGAAUUGCCUUUGGACAAUAACUGUUCCUAAGGGCAAUAAAAUAAACGCUACAUUUACUAAGUUCGAAUUACCUCCAAGAUUUUCCUCGUAUAAUCGACGAUCGCCCUUCAACCAUUCAUGGUAUUUUCGAGGUCUUCCUUGUGGAACAGCUUAUUUGCAAUUUAAAGAACCACGGGACAAAGAAUAUUCCAAUAAACUAUGUGGCACUACUUUGCCAAAACAAAUAAGUACUAAGAGUAAUUCUUUACAAAUCAAUUUUGUUUCGGGAAAUUAUUUUCUUCGCAAUGGAUUUCGUUUGGAAUGGAUUAGUUACGGUUGUGGUGGUCAUAUUCAAAAGCGUUUUGGUACUCUCGCGAUGGAUCGUUCUUUAAGUGCAAUGGAUGAAAUAGAAUGCGAAUGGAUCAUUGAAACGCCAAUAGGCACAGCUGUAUCCAUUACCUUUUCGGAACUUUAUAUGACUGAAUCUAAAAAUUGUUCAAUCGAUGCAAUAGAACUUUUCAAUGGUCAAAGUAAAGAUUUUCCUUUGAUAUCAAAAAUUUGUCAUCGAGUAAAAACUACUGUAAAAACGAGCUCUAAUUUCUUAUUCAUUAGACUAGUAAAAAAAUCAUCCUCACGAAAUAUUUAUUUUAAUUCAUAUUUCACUUCCUUAAAAGAAGGUUGUGGUGGUGAAAUAAAUGCACCGUCUGGAUUAAUACAUUCAAAAAAUUACCCUAAAAAUUAUGAAAACAACAUGGAUUGCUUCUGGUCGUUAUCGGUUCCAAAAUAUCAUCGUGUUGAGUUAGAUUUUAUCAGUUUUGAUCUUUACUCUGCAAACGAAGAUGAUUGUGGUGAUUCUAUAAAAAUUUAUGAUCAUUUUGAUAAAUAUAGUUCUAAUUAUACUACUUUAAUGUGUCCUAAAUCAAAUAAAACUCAAAUCCUAUCAGACAAUUCUUCUCUUAAGUUACAAUUUCAAACUGAUGCUUAUGGAAAUGCCAAAGGCUUUAAAGCAAAUUUUUCUAUGACUUGUGGAGCAGUAAUUAAAUCAAAAUCUGAUGGAAUAAUUUCAAAUAAUCAAUUUAUUAAUCACAAUAAUAAGAACUGCACCUGGACAAUUAUUGCACCAAAUCCAAGUGAAAAGGUAAAAUUAACGAUUCAGCACAUAUCGUUGCCAAAAAAUGCUGAUGUUAUAACUAACCGUAAGUGUCCGUCUUCUUAUCUUAGGGUGCUCGAUGGUAAUGACGAAAAUUCUCCCUUGUUUGAUGAGUAUUGUGGCCGUAAAGUCCCACCUACAAUUGUAAGUCAUGGAAGCGCGUUAACAAUCCUACUAGGAUCAUAUGUAGGUGACAUAAAAGGACAGUUUUCAGCACACUACUCGGUUUUAACAAAUGUUUGUGGCGGGAAGCUAUCUUCAGAAGAAGGUUCUAUCGCUUCACCAAAUUAUCCACUUUCUUAUCCAAGUAAUGCUGAUUGUGAAUGGACAUUAGCAACAUCGCCUGGUAAUAGGGUUUAUAUUACAUUUGAAACUUUUGAUUUAUUUGAAUCCGAAAAUUGCAAUGAAGAUUAUUUGGAAAUAAGAGAGAAUAAUGGCGGAGGUGAACUACUAGCUGUUUACUGCGGUCAUGAUAUUCCCGUGAAUACUACAACAGGAACAAAAUUAUAUAUCAAAUUUCACAGUGAUGAAAAGGAAACAAGUCGGGGAUUCGUCCUUCAUUAUGGAUUUAUUCAUGGAAACGAAAUCACUGGUUUGCUAUACGGUGAAAUAGCAUCACCUCUUUAUCCGUUCCCAUAUGAAGGCCAAGGUGAAUACAGUUGGCGAAUUAUCACUGAAGGGUCAACUAUUAUUAGUUUAAGUAUUGAUCGUUUGGAAAUACAUAGAAACAAUGACAUUUGUGGUAGUAAAUUACUUGUCUACGAUGGCUAUGAUGAUGAAGCUCCAAUUUUGCAAGAAUUUUGUGGAUUAUUAAAAAAAGAGCAUAUAAAUUUACAGACAAGUUCCAACGUUGUUUACUUAAAACUUAUAUUAGACGAAGAAAACAUUGGUUCACUAUUUCUUAUCAAGUGGUCACAAUCAAACACAGAUAUUAAAGAGGAUAACGAUAAAAUAAAUUGCGGAUCAAAUCAAACAAAAAUUUUAUUACCCAAUAAUGAUUCUGUAUUCAAUUCUCCAAAUUAUCCGAAUGAAUAUGAUCCUGAUUUGAAAUGUGUGUGGAUAUUUGAUAUAACCCCUGGUCGCCAUUUAAGUCUAAGUUUUAAAGAAAUAGCUUUAGAGGAAACUCCUAAUUGUUUCGCAGAUCAUAUAUCAGUUUUUUCCUCAAAUCAAGCUAAUUGGAUCCCAAUAAUAGAAAAUGUGUGCCUUGCUGAAAAUGUAAAUAAAAAAAGUUUCGUAAGUACAACAGCUAUGAAAGUGGCAUUUCAAUCUGAUUCAUCUAUUGCGCGAAAGGGAUUUCAAGCAAUAGUAAAAUCAGUUUGUGGCGGAGUAUUAAAAUAUAAAUCAGGCGUAAUUGAAAUUACAUGGUUAGAUUUCCAAGACAGAUCUCUAGAUAAAAUAAAAUGUAACUGGACCAUUAAAGCCCGCCCAGGACGAACUAUAAAACUGCAGUUUAUACAUUUUAAUAUAACUAAUGAUAAUGAGUGCACAACAUACGUUAUUUUGAGAAACGGCGAAAGUGUCGAAUCUCCUUUAUUGGGUGAUGGAAAAUAUUGUGGAUACUCUCAUGAAAAUCGAGACCAAAUUGUUUCAUCUAGUAAUGCCGUAUAUAUAAGUUAUGUCGGAGAUACUAGAUAUUUUCGUAUGUCUAAAAUAUUUUACUAUUUCAAGCUACAUUAUGAAGAAAAAAAUAUCGAAUGUGGAGUAACAUCUACUUUAGACGCCGACCAUAAGUGGGAAAUUAUUACAUCUCCUAAUUAUCCUUCGGUACCGACUCCAUAUACCGAAUGCAUAUGGACUUUCACAGGGCCUCCGGGAGAAAUCUUGAGGAUCGAUUUCUUGGAAAGAUUUGAUUUAGAAGUUUCUGAAAAAUGUAGUCUUGAAUUUGUUGAAAUUAGAGAUGGAUCAUCUGAAUUGGCUCCACUUAAAGAAAUUGUUUGUGGAGAACAACCGGCUACAAUAAAAACAAGUAGUAAUGCAAUGUUUAUAAAAUAUUCAACACAAAUAGCAGAACCUAGAAAUGGAUUUAAAGCUAAAAUAUCUAUAGACGUGUGUGGUGGAACAAUUGUUGCAAAUUCAGGUGAAGUCUUGUCUCCUGGGUAUCCGCACAUGUCUGUUUUACCCGCGGGUACGGUAUGUCAAUGGCAAAUAAUAUCUUCACCAAGGUAUGGUAUUCAAUUAAACUUUAAAGACAUAAAUCUUCCAGAGUCCGAAAAACCAUGUGAAACGAAAAUAAGUAUAGAAGAAACAAUAUUUCCAAAUAAUACAUCUGGAUUAGGUAAAAUAAAAGAGUUCUGUGACAAUAGCAUGGAUGAUUAUACAGUACCAAUUAAAACAUUUACUAAUAAAGUAAUAAUUAAACUACAUAUCGGUAAGCCAAGUCAAUGGACACAAGUUUCAGAAAGUAGAGGCUUUCGUUUUACUUUUAAUUCGUCUCAAGCUUCUUGCGGUGGUGAUAUAACAACUUCUGAAGGAUACUUAACGACACCUGGUUACCCGCGCAAAACUACUUUGUUCUAUUGUCAAUGGACUAUUACAGUUCCUGAUGUAACUCGAAGAAUACGUUUAGAACUCAUAGACUUUGAUUUAAUCCAUGAAAUGGGUGUUUUUAAUGGCAUAACUUUCACAUCCAGAAUAGAAGGAUAUUCGAAUUCGAAUUCUUCUGAAACUCCAACAAUCUUUGAGUCAACCGGAAAUAAAUUAUCCUUAUUCUUUUUUCUUACUAACACACGCAAAAUACCACAUCGUUUUAAGGCUAAGUUUACUUCUGAUGAACCAGCAUUAUGCGGAGGAAGCUUGCAAGGUCUUGAAGGUGAGCUUAAAUCUCCAAAUUUAGAAAAUUCUUACUUUUGCGAAUGGGAUUACAAUGGAAUGCCAGUGACAGACAGCGAUAUAAAGUAUAACACUCUAUCUGUUAACGUAAAUAUAACUUCUUCAGGACGAAAUAUAUGCCGACAUAUGGAUUCACAACUUAUUAUAAAUUCAAAUAUUGCAAGUGCUGCAAAAUUUGUACGCUAUAUUUGUGGCAAUAAUACAGAAGCAUCAUAUAGUAUACCUGCCGUAAACAUGUAUAUUAAAGCAAAGCAGUAUAAACGCAGUCCUAUAAUCUUUGACCUGAAUUGGAAGUUACAUCAAUGUGGAGGUGUGGUACAUGCAGGACAAACCGCAAUAAAUAUUUUAAACAUACCUGGUGCUCAUAAUACAACUAUUGAUUGUGCAUGGCUCAUUAUAACUCCUUCAGGGGUUAGAAGCGAAUUGAAAUUAGAAGGCUUAUUUAAUUUAGAUUGUGCUAAUGAAUUUUUACAAAUAAAACAAGGUAUAACUCAAAAUUCUCUUAUUAUAGGAGAUUACUGUAAAACAAAAACACAGGAAACAGCACUUUUGACAUCAUUUAUGAAUACGUAUGUUCGAUAUCAUUCAAAACCUCAAAAUAAUACUAAUAUUAAACUUUCUAUAAAGACAGCUAGUGUUCAAUGUGGGGGGUAUCUUACGAAAUACGAUCGAAUAUUUACUUCUCCAAACUAUCCUAAAAAUUACCCAAACAAUCAAGAAUGUACUUGGGAAAUCAACGCAGAAAUUGGAUAUAGAGUAUCUCUUAAAUUUGAAGAUCGAUUUGCUGUGGAAGAUAAAGCUAAUUGCACAAAAGAUGCUAUUAUCAUUUUUGAUUGGAAAGAAAAUAAAUACGAAGAAAUUGCGCGAAUUUGUGGUCGCCGUAUCCCACUUCCAAUCAAUUCAACAUCAAAUCAAAUGAAAGUGAUUUUUCGCACAGAUGGAUCAACGAAUUUAGACGGCUUUAAAGCGCAUUGGAAACCUAUAUGUGGUGGAACACUAAUAGCAAAAGCUAAAGAACAGUACUUAUAUAGUCCUGGGUAUACGUACGAAUAUUAUCCAUCCCUGAAUUGUGAAUAUGAAAUAGUAGCUCCUUCUAAUAAAAUAUUACUUAAGUUUUUAGAUUUCGAUCUCGAAGGAUCAUACCCUGAAUGUGAAUACGACAACUUAACAUUAACGUCGCAAAAUAAUUACAAUUAUUUUUAUGGUCUCUAUUGCGGAAAAAAUUUACCACCUCCACUAUAUACUUCCGAAAAAGUUCAAAUAACAUUUAAGACGGAUCGAUAUGGACAAAAAAAAGGAUUCAAAUUAUCUUACUCUUUAUAUGCAUGUGGGGGAUCGAUAAAGGAUCCCACCAUGUUAACGUCAGGACCGUUAGAUAACUAUGUUGAAGAUUCAAAUUGUACAUGGUCUAUUGAAAGUCCGAAAAAUAAGGUUAUUAUACUUAAAUUCCUUUAUAUCGAUUUGGAGAGUAGCUACAACUGUUACAACGAUUACAUAGCAGUUUAUGAUGGUUCCACAAUCGAUUUAAAUAAACGAUUAUCUUUAAUGUGUGGUCACAUCAACAGCACUACUGUUUUAAAAAGUACUAGUAAUAAAAUGUUACUACAAUUUGUUUCGGACAGUAACAUAAGUUAUAAAGGAUUUCGAGUAGAAGUUUAUUUUACUUAUUCAGAAUCAGUCGGGUGCGGUGGACAGGUUGAUCUGAAAACUACAUCUAAUAAGAAAUUAAAAUCUCCGCUCAUUGGAACCAAUGUUGUUUAUGAAAACUAUUUAGAUUGUCAUUUUGAAAUAAAAGCUCCAACUGACCACAUUAUCAAAAUAAAGUUCACUUCCUUUCAUAUAGCUUCCUGCGUGAACGUAAACCAAACAGCGCUAGGUACAAGUAACUGUAAUUGCGACUUUGUAGAACUAAAAGACGGCUUGAAUCCAAAUAGUCUUAUUAUUGGCACAUAUUGUGGGCACUCAUUUCCGCCACAAUUAUCAUCUUCAAGUAAUACGAUGACAAUUAGGCUUGUUACCGACGGGGAGGCAACAAGCUCUGGGUUUGAAGCACUUUUAUCAGCUCAUCCUUCUCAAUGCGGUCCAUCGAUUUUAUCGAUUUCAAACACAUUGCAAAUAUUAAGAUCACCGAAUUAUGAAACGGGGUUAAUACCUCGAGGAUUACAUUGUAGUUACUUUUUUGAUGCCAGCUCUGAACCAUAUUCUACAGUCCAUAUUAUAGUACGAAAUUUGGAUCUUGAUCCUGGUACAGAAAAUAGAUGCGACAAAGAUAAGAUUAUCAUAACUAGUUAUUCACAGCCAAGAAAUAUGACUAAAGGAAAAGAUUUUAUAAUAAAUGAAUCGUCAGAUGAUUUCUUGUCUCGUACUAUGUUUCCAUAUGACUCAACUUUAAAAUCUCCCAAACGCUUUGAAUUAUGUGGCGUCAAAAAGUCGAUCGAUUAUUAUGUAUCUGGUAGCGUCAAUAUUAUUUUACAAACAGCAGCAGCAGAAACUACCCAAACCCAUAAAGGUUUUGAGAUUUCAGUAUCAUUCGUUGGUUUAUGUGGCAGAAAUUACACUGAAUUAUAUGGUAGAAUACAAUCACAACAUAUGAUUUACAGUGAAACAAGUACUAGAAAUUGCUUCAUUUUAAUAGCUGUGCCAGAAGGUUAUACUAUAGCGAUGUAUUUUCUAUCAGCCAACCCGGUAUAUUGGAAUGAUCAAGCGUUUUUAGAAAUUUUUGAUGGCAACACAACUAAUGCACCACUUGUCACAAAAAUAGCAAAGGAAUAUCAAGAAUAUAUACAGAUAUUUUCUAGUAGUCGGUAUUUACUUAUGCAUAAUCGUAUUGUAGAUUCAGAGGCAGUAACUUACGAUUUAAAUUACGUUGCAACCAACAAGAGCAAGGGGUGUGGUGGGCAUCUUCUUAACGUAGCAGGAAGAGUAACAAGUCCUCUUUAUCCUGAAAUUUAUAGGCAAAAAUCUACUUGUGAAUGGGAACUAGAAACACCAGUAGGAACAAGAUUGAUGUUACAUUUUGCUGUAUUCGACAUUGGCCGAAUAUGUAAUCAAAACUACCUUAGCCUUGUUGAUAGAAAUGGCAACAUUAUUUCUUCAUAUUGCUUAGAAACUCCUGCAGAUUAUACAAGCGAUGACAAUUAUGUUAAAAUUGUUUUUACGACUACCAUGAAUAACGGUGGAACAGGGUGGGUGGCAGACUUUAUUGCGUUUUCUUAAGAAAACUUUCUCUGCCUUUUUACCACUAUUCUACUUAACGAUAAUUAGAUGUCACUUCAUGUAUAGUCUUUAUUUAUUAUUAAGAAUGAAACUAUAAUAGUUCGCUUACAUUAGUAACAUUUCGAAAAUAUUUUAAACGUUUCAUAUCCUUUAACUGUAAUAAUUAUAAUAUAAAGUUACUAAUAGAAUAAUCACUAAUCAUAUGUGUUUGUACAAACCUCAUUUCUUAUUAAUUAUCAACUGUCACUGAUGUAUAAAUAUUGUAAUAAAACUAAACCAA